GGAGGAAGCGAGGAAAGGGAAAGAACCAAGAACCCCGAGAACUCGAGGACCGAGAACCCGAGAACCGAGUCUCACCGGCGGGGACAAAACCCAGAGACACUCCCUACCCUCCCCCCCCCAUCCCGGAGACAAUCGGUCCUGCUGGAGGACGAGUGGGUUCGAGUGGAGUGACGGAGUGUGCCGAGAAUUUGAAUUAGCUCGCCGUUAGUUUGAAGAAAGAGAGAGAGAGAGAGGGGAGAGAGAGUGGGGUAGAGCGAGAGAGGGGAGAGAGAGAGAGAGAGGAGCCAUUUUGUCCCGACUGAGUGGGAGCAGAGAACCAGUGGAAAAGAGGAAUCACACGGGAGGAGGAGUGGUUGGACUCUUUUUUUAUUUUGUUGCUUUCUGUUCUCAUGCUGUGAAGCGAACCGGGGGGGGGGGCAACGGUUUGGCCCGCUGGGAAUCGAACACACGGACACGGACACACACACUGCCGCUGCUGCCUCGGUAUCAAAGCCACAACGAGCCCGCCGAGCUAAUCAACACACCCCGGUCCGGAGGAACGCAGGGAGCCGGCUGUAGACUCCAACUCGGGCGUGUUAGGUCGCCAUUUUUUUUAGUUGUGUUGCCCUUUUGUUGUUGUUGUUGUUGUGUCCACCCGGGUGAACACACACACGCUAGCUCCCGAUGGCGAAGAAGACGUACGACCUGCUGUUCAAGCUGCUCCUGAUCGGGGACUCGGGCGUGGGGAAGACCUGCGUGCUGUUCCGCUUCUCCGACGACGCCUUCAACACAACCUUCAUCUCCACCAUAGGAAUAGACUUCAAGAUCAAGACUGUUGAGUUACAAGGAAAGAAGAUCAAACUACAGAUCUGGGACACAGCAGGCCAGGAGCGGUUCCACACCAUCACCACCUCCUACUACAGAGGAGCCAUGGGCAUCAUGCUGGUCUACGACAUCACCAACGCCAAGAGCUUCGAGAACAUCAGCAAAUGGCUGCGCAACAUUGACGAGCAUGCGAAUGAGGACGUUGAGAGGAUGCUGCUAGGCAACAAGUGUGACAUGGAGGACAAGAGGGUCGUACCAAAAGCCAAGGGGGAGCAGAUCGCCAGGGAGCACGGCAUUAGGUUUUUUGAGACGAGCGCCAAGGCCAACGUCAGCAUCGAGAAGGCUUUCCUCACGUUAGCAGAAGACAUCCUCAGAAAGACGCCUGUAAAAGAGCCCAACAGUGAAAACGUCGACAUCAGCAGCGGAGGUGGAGUCACAGGCUGGAAGAGCAAGUGCUGCAGUUGAACAACUCCUCUGUUUCACGCACACUAACGCACACAGACACUCACACAGACACACACUCUCUCUCUCUCUCCCCUCUUUCUAACUUCUAACUCUCUCGCCCUCUAACUUGUCUCAUGAGUUUUUCUUGCACACUGACACUCGUCUCUUUUAUCAGAAUAAAACAAUAAACCACUUCACUUGUUAACCCCUCCCUCCCUCCUCCUCAUCCUCCUCUUUAUCCCCCCCCCCCCCCCCCCCUCCCACCUCCAUGUUUUCCCAUCUGAUGCUCAUUUUUAUUUCUGAUAAAAAGAGAAAUCCA